AAGGUUAAGAAUUUCACAACUGCCAGGGAAUAUGCCACAUGACACGGAUAAUAAAUUAGCACCUUGUUCGUGUUCCUUUUACACAAUUGUACAUAUUUCCAUUGGCGCAGUGUAAUACGAUUACAUUAGCAUACGUUUAAGAUUCCCGUAUGAAAAUACAACAACACUAUUUUUAUUGGACAACUUUAUUUUCAAUGGUGUUUGCUCUUCAUACACUUGUUAAAGUUUCUACAGUAUAGGCUGCUAUCAACAUUGACUGCUGGCAUUGAACAGUGACCACUAGUCAUUAUGGGCACUUAACCCGUUUGAAGGAAGCACACACCUCCCUGAGUCUGACCACCUACCUCCAGUGGAUGUCCGAAUUUCUCUACAGACAGAGGUAGUUUCCAAAACAAGGUGCCAGCUACCUGAGCGAUGCCUCUGGAGUUCCGAGCUUAGAGACAGACGCUGCCCAUCACAUCCCAUCACUGACUGCCUCAACAGGCCUCAGGGCCCAACUCCAAGCCCUUUCCACACCAGCCCUGGCAAGAGAGAACCUGAGUCACCAUGAUAGACCUGAGCCAUCUGACGGAGGAGGAACAGUCGAUGAUCAUGACUGUGCUGAAGAGAGAUGAAGAGCUGAAGAAAGCAGAGGAGGAGAGGAUCAAGCAGCUGCAGAAAACCAGUGCCCCAGUGGACAGCAGGCUCAAGUACCUGACAGGGGAGUGGUUUUACGAGGCCAAGUCUCUGAGACACCGGGAAAAGAUCCAUGGCUCCGAAGUAAUCCUGGCCUCCAUGAAGCAGAGGAAAGCAGGUUCUUUAGAUGGGUUUCUUUCCAGACCCAGAGCAGUCUGCGGUAAAGUCUCAGACAUCACCCCCCCUCCAAAACCUGCCAGGCUCCUGGAGGCACCAACACAGCCAACACAACACCAGAAGAACAGCAAAAGCCUCAAUGUAUCAGAUGCAGAGAAAGAGAGGCUGAAUUCAGUUGUGCAGUCCCCGGGAAGGCCAAGGCACAAUCCUUUCAAUCGAGCAUCCCUUAUUCUAGAGGUAGAGAAGACAGAAAAACAGUCCAAUGGAAAUCAAGAGACUGAGAAAGCAUCUGAAGCAGAGCCCUUAUCUCCCCUGAUCAUGCUCAUGACAGCAGACUCCACCAGUCACAACUCAGCAGGCUCUGCCACCUCCGAGGAGUCCUCUCUAGGAUUCAGGCCCGUGCCCAAGAAAAUAACCAUCCUCUCCCGGCACUCGCAGAGCUCUUUCACGGGCAGUGAUGUCUCCAUUCCUGGGCUGCAGGGUCAUCCAGCUGGGUCAAAGGUCAUCGCCCCUGCCUCUCAGGGAAGUCUCCAACAUGGCUCCAGCUGUGGCUCAAACCAGUCUAGCCAGGGGGCUUUGGACGUUCAGUCACAGAAAAUGUAUCCAACUCCCAUCUCUGAGUUACAGAACAAUGCAACUCCAGUAUCUCCCUCCAGUCAACAACUGAAUACUUUGAGUCACCACUCCCACAAGCCACUGAAGCCUUUAACCCUAGUCUCCGCCAAUACUGAUUUUGAGAGAGCGAAAGAGGCCCAUGAAAGAGAGAGGAGAGCAGAGCCCUCAGAUAACUCACUUGUCAGACACCUAGUGAGAACCCCUUCUCAUCUUAGGGAAACUGAGAGUUCCAAAGUUCCAUUGAGGCCCUUGAGUGAGCCAAAGCCUCUCCGACUGUUGAACCUUAGACCAGCCACACACUCUGAUAAUGACAGACACACAGAUACAUCCUACACAGGUCAUCAGAAGAGUGAAGGUAGCGAUGGUCUCAUCCAGAGAGAGUUUGUCAGUGAGGGUCCUCCUCAGGGCAGAGAGAGGUCUGAUGGUCCAUUUUCAAAACCUCUGUCCAUACCACUCUCUCCGGGCUCAGAACUAACAGCCCCUACUCACCACCAGCCUUCACAGCAUGCAGCCUUUCAACUCAUUGAGAUGCAGGACAAGGAGGUGAUAAGAACCCGCAAUGUGGACACCGCAAUCAGACAGGAGGACCCUAGUCUGCCUCCAACCACUGUGGAUCAAUGGAAACAUCAUGAUCUCCAUAACUCUGGGGAUAAGCCUGAUAAGCAUGUUCAUAAAAAAACAGUAAACCCCAAACCUGCCUCUAAAUCAGCCCCUCGUAGUCCCCAGCCCACAGCGGAGCAGGGCGACUCCAUUUCUAAAGUCUUAGAGUGGUUCAGCCGCAGCACAGACAGCAACGACUGGCUGAAGACUGAGAGCGAUCAACCAGACAUGGAGGAAGACGUGAUUAACUCUGUGAAAACAGAUACAGAUGACCGGCCUACCUUUGAGAGCAGGUCUCAGCAGACGGAGAGGAAAGCUCAUAAGGUGAAGAGAAAGCUCCUACAUGUUGAUCCCAGCCUGGAUAUGCAAAGUAUUGGAGGAGGAGUGUCAGUGUGUUUAACACCAGAGCUAAAGGAUGGAUCUCAGUCGGAAUCCUCUAUGGAUCAACCUACGGACCAGUCACCUUUGAAUACAUUAAGAUCAUACCAGCUCAAGUCUGAGGGGCUGAGAGCAGCAUAUUGGAAGGAGUUCAAGCAAGUGAUGUUAGAUAGAGAAGAGGAUGUGAUAGAUAGGCAAGAGAAUGUGAAGAAGGUCAGUGGCCCUCCAGCCAAGGCUGUUGGACCACAGGUCGCAACACAAGAAGUCAAACAGAAAGAGGUCCAAGAUGAGAACCAACCACCCAAAAUCACCCACCUGAAGUCCUUCUGGGAGAAGGGCAACACUGGGCCCAAGAUACUCAUCAGUAGAUCAAUCAUUGAUAAAAGACAGAAACCAAUGGAGAAAGAGAAAGAGAGAGCACUAGCAGAGAAGUCUCAUAGAACUGUUUCUGUCCCAGAGUCGAACGGUGUGGAGGGGUCUUUGAGGAAGAAUCUCAGGGAUGAAAAAGGAGAUGAACAGUUAAACCUAGAUACUCAACAAAGCACUGCUAGUCGAGAUAUGAGAAGUGUUCAGCCGAGUGUUAGCCCUUACAAACAGGAGGUAUACAGACCCCAAAACAGUGUUGUUAUUGCUCCCUCUAUAGAGAUACGUACACUGCCAACCUGGGAUGAUAGCUACACUCAUGGGGCUCAAAGUGAGGAGGACAAUUUGACUUUAACAGAAGAAGAUCUCAGAAGAUCCCCAAUGACAGUAGACAGAAGAAGCUCACAGGCAGAAAUACUCUACCUAAGUAGACUCCAUCCUCAGCCUGACACGCUGUCCCAGUCCAGACUCAGCCCAGAACAUCAGAGAUUCUCCCCAUCAACACUCAGUCCUCAGCCUGAAUUGCUCAUCCAGCCCACAGUCAACCCUCAGCCUGUGAAGCUCUCACCUGCCAUACCAAAACCCCAACCUGAAAUGCCAUCCAGGGCCAGUCCCAGCCCACUGCCUGAACUACUCUCCCAGCCUACAAACAGCCUAGACUCUGAGAAGUUUAGACACAAGGUUGGAAAAGAAAGUGAACAGUUUUCCCCCAAAACUCAGCAAAGCAAUGUCAAUGUACAGUCAAGUGUGUCCACUAAAAAACAAGGCCACACCAUUAAAGAUCAAGGAAAUAGCCCACACACCCUGAAACAGGUUCCCCCUCAACAGGACAGCAAAGCAUACCGUAUAAAGCAGCUCAAGUCCUUCUGGGAGCAGGAGAAGAACAGGCCUAUAUUUUACACGGGUGAAUCAAAGGAAGCAGGCGACGCCAGCGUGAUUCAAAUUCCAUCAUCAGCCAUAGAAAAGCUGAAUAAAAGGUACACCAAGUCUGAGUUUGACCUGAGGUCAAUCUGCAACGAAUCUGACGGCGACCAUGAAGGGGAUUCCAACCUUUCCUCUGACAGAAAAAUACAGAAUUUCACAGUCUUCACGAUGGAUCAGAGACUGGAGAGGUCGUCCCCAAGCCUCGGUGCAAAACGCUCACAGUUUAAGAAUCUCUGCAACUUCUGGGGUGAGGCCACUUCGAAUAACAGAGGGCCGAUCUCUUCUGACGAACUCGAAAGCCCCAAAAAUAUGGAGCCAAUGGAUGCCCAGAACUCAAUACUGGAGUUAAAGCAAUGUGUUGACCCUGAUUUCUACAGCAAAUCUGCCCCCAGCCAGCCACAAAAGGUCAGUGCUACACUACCUUUGGAUGAGAACCAGCUCAAGAAAACAUCUUCACCUUCUUCACCAUCUUCUCCAUCUCCUCUACCAUCUUUAGUCAGGGGGAACAAAGACAGAGAGCACCAGUCAAAGUCUAUAUCGAUUGAACUGGGUUCAGGAGCUAUGAUUGACACUAAACCCAACUUCCCACCUCAUAUCACCAUAGAGUCAGCGCAGCAAAGAGCCCCUGGUGUCCCCCAGGUCACAAGGGGCUCAGAACGGGACUUCACCAAAGAUAAAAAGGCCCCGAAGCCCCAAAGCACCUCAGGAAAGGAAUCUCGGUCUCAUAAAGCUAGAAAAGACAGUUUUGGAAACUCAAGUGGAAGUGGACGUGCAAGUUCACUUCAGCGCACCACCAGUAUGUACACAUUAGACAUGAAUGAGGAACAGGCCCAAACUUCUAUGUUGUACCCUGAAAAGACACUGGAUAUUAGUCAUGUCCAGCCCAAGAGAACACAGGGUAGACGACAGAGUGGUGACAAGCACGCUCCUCCUGGUCCAAGGAGGUCCUCAAAAUCAUUGGACGAGUCUGAAUCUCUGACCCCUCGCACUCAGGUCUUUGUUCCUAAAGACUACCCCUAUUACCUGGAGUUUUCAGAGACCAGCGUCCACACUGCUCUGGCCCCGGAAGCAGGCCCGCCUGCGGCUGAACUUGACCUGAGUGGUGGGCUUGUCAGAUCCAGCACCCUUGUGGACUCAGAGGAACGCUACAGUAGGAGGAGCAGCAAGAUAACCCAGCGGCCCCUGGCCCUCUGGUCAAACCAGGGCAGCACUGACACUGGACGGGAGUCAUCAUUAAGUGCAUCUGAAAUAGCAUCGAGUAGCGCGUCUGAAACUUGGUCCAACUCCAGGACCAGUUCAAACCGUGACAAUAAUGAUGAGGAUCAAGACCCUAUACAGAAGGCAUUGAAAAGAGCUCAGGCCCGCUCACAAAAUCUGGCCAAAAGUCUUGAGGAUAUCACAGCAUCCAUGCCACCACGACAAGAAAGAAGACUGGCUCCCCUUGAUGUCCUCAGGCGAAGCAGUGAUGCAUCCACCAUCCCCUCUCCCUCCUCAUCCCUCUACUCUGACCCUGAACAUUUGAAGAAGAUGAGCAAGUCUGUUCCGUCGUUCCUACAGAACGAGAGUGAUUGCAGAGAAACUGACUCCGCCUCUGAAGACAGUUACCAUGGAGGCAGGCAGAAGACGGGCAGAUCUAUGACUAACCUCAGCAGCUCCUCUGGCAUGGCAUCUGUGUCCUCUCUGAGUGGCAGUGUGAUGACCAUGUACAGUGGGGACUAUGGAGGUGUGGAGGUGCAGGGGAACAUCCAGUUCUCCAUCAACUACGUUCAGAAGCUCAGGGAGUUCCACAUCUUCGUGGCUCAAUGCCGAGACCUGGCCGCCGUCGACCCUAAGAGGGGCCGCUCUGACCCGUAUGUUAAAAGUUACCUGGUACCUGACAAAGCCAAUAUAGGGAAGAGGAAAACAUCUGUGAAGAAGAAGACUCUCAACCCCAUUUUCAACGAGCUCCUCAGAUAUCGGCUUCGUAUGGAGCACCUCCGUACUCAGACCCUCAUUCUCUCUGUCUGGCACCACGACACCUUUGGCAGGAACAGUUUUCUGGGUGAGGUGGAUGUGGACCUGUCCAAAUGGGACUUUGACCACACCCAGAUGAACUACUUAGCUCUGAAAUCCAGGCCCACCUCCAGUCUGCAGCCUUCAGAUUACAGAGGGGAGAUGAAACUGGCCAUACGCUUCCUGCCUCAUGUCUCCCACAGCCCAGGAAAGGAUCCCCCCUCUAACAAAGGUGAGGUUCAUAUUUGGAUGAAAGACUGCAAGAACCUUCCCCUCAUCAGAGGGGCCACCAUCAACCCAUAUGUCAAGUGCUUUGUGCUCCCGGACACGAGCAGAAAGAGUCGACAGAAAACUCGGGUGCUGAGGAGGACGGUGGAGCCGGUGUUUAACCACACCAUGGUGUACGAUGGCUUCAGACAGGAGGACCUGAAGGAGGCCUGCGUGGAGCUGACUGUGUGGGACCGUGACAAGCUGGCCAGUAACCUCCUAGGGGGUAUAAGAUUGGGGCCUGGCACAGGCAGAAGUUAUGGGGCGUUGGUGAAUUGGAUGGACUCGAAUGCUGACGAGGUAGCUCUAUGGGAACGAAUGAUGACCUCUCCAAAUGAAUGGGUGGAGGAUGUACUGCCACUAAGAAUGCUAACCACAGCAAAGACUGUGCUGAAAUGAGAACGACAGAGAGAAAGUCUUCAACCUGCCACAGUUCAAAUAACGUUGUUGCGUUUUAUGUUAUAUACUGUGCAUGUGAUGUGUAAUCUAGAAUAAUCAGACAUUUUAUAUUGAAAUAUAUAGGAAUGAAGAAGCUUUUGUAAACAUCUGCUGAACAAGUUGAUCAAAUGUUAUAUUAAUGAUAAUCAUACAACCCAAAUAUGAUUAUUAUCAGUCAAAACACACUUAUUUUCUGUUUAAUUAAUCACAACAACCACAACAAGUUUACUCACUCCAUUAUUUAUAUUUGAUAUGACAAUUUUCCAUGACAUGAAUGUUCAUCCUAACAUUAACCACAAUUAAAGAAUGUGCAAUGAUGA